GGAGGCCAUCACAGGAUGUGGUGCCGCGCAUCCCGCUGGGUUCUGUGCUUGCCCGGGUGUGGGGUCAUCUGCUAAUGCCUUCUCCGUCUCCGGUCCCGACUGUGUUCCGACGACCUCGCGCAUCAGGCAGUCAUGAAAAAUACAGGAUGGAUGUAUAUAUCAUACAGAUGGCUGUACGCUCUGUUGAAAUGUCGCACAUUACCUCCGCAUCAUACUGCAUAAUUCUGAGUCCGCCUCCCGUCACGCUACCGUAAACAUGCCCCUUCCCACUCACUUCACCCUUAAUACAGGCGCGCAAAUACCGGCCGUGGGCUUCGGCACAUGGCAAGCGAAACCGGGAGAAGUUGAGCGCGCCGUCGAGACAGCACUCAAAGCAGGCUAUCGUCACAUCGAUUGCGCCGCCAUCUACCGCAACGAAGCCGAGGUAGGUGAUGGCAUUAGGAGGAGCGGUAUUCCUCGCUCCGAAAUCUUCCUCACGGGCAAGCUCUGGAACACCAAGCAUGCACCCGAAGAUGUAGAGACAGCUCUCGAUAAGUCGUUACAGGACCUUGGUGUCGAGUACCUGGACUUGUUCUUGAUGCAUUGGCCUGUUGCCUUCAACGGUGCCACAGGGAAGUGGUUCCCACUGCGCGACAGUGGCAUCUUUGACCUUGCCGACAUCGACCCUGCGACAACCUACAAGGCCAUGGAGAAGCUGCUCGACACUGGCAAGGUACGCGCUAUCGGCGUAUCCAACUUCACCGUCAAUCGCCUUAAUGAUCUUCUUUCCAAGACCGGUGUUGUGCCGGCGGUAAACCAGAUCGAAGCACACCCAUACCUUCAACAGCCUGCCUUAUUCGAGUUCUGCAAGAGCAAAGGCAUUCUCAUCGAAGCAUAUUCACCUCUCGGAAACAACCAGACGGGCGAGCCACGCACAGUCGACGACGAACUUGUGGGCAUCGUGGGGCAAAGACUGGGCAUGGAUGGCGGCCAGCUACUUGCGAGUUGGGGCAUUCAGCGCGGCACUGUGGUGCUGCCCAAAAGUGUUACACCCAGCAGGAUCAAGAGCAACAUGCAAGUCAAAGAGCUACCGAAAGAUGCCUUCGAUGAGCUGAGCGGGCUGGAGAGACACAAGCGUUUCAACGUGCAGUCGCGAUGGGGGUUCGAUAUAUUUGAAGAACUAGGCGAAGAGGAGGUACGAAAAAUCGCAGAAGAUUGCGCGGAGGAGAAUAAGACGAAGUUUACAGUCUAG